UUAUCGAAAGCUUUUAAAAGGGAAAACUAUUACAAUACAAUAUUAAUUAUUGCGGUAUUUUUAAAGUUAGUACAUUUUGAAAUUUUAACGAUGCGCCGUAUUUUUUAUACCGCUUUGCCACAAACUGUGAUUAACAGAUUAGUUUUUGUUCUCAGGCAUUCAUCUGAUUCCAUGGAUAAUAAAAUUGAUGAAAAUUCGAAAUUACCCCAAAAUGAAGGGUUACCAAAUGAUUCUGAUAUGCUAGCGAACUAUAAAAAAUUAAAGGCCGAACUUAUCCAAGCCAAGAAUCAUACUGAUGAAUUAAACAAGAAUAUAUUGUAUUCUGCCGCUGAAGCUGAUAACUUUCGGAAGGAAUCUUUAAAAAGCAUACAGUCUGCCAAACAAUUUGCAGUGACUGAAUUUGCAAAAGACAUGUUGGAGACAGCGGACAAUUUGGAAAAGGUUAAUUCCUUAUGCGAAAGUUAUCGAAAGGAAAAUAAUGAUAUCCCACGAUCCAUCCAGUCUAUACUAAAUGGUCUAGAACUUUCGCAUAAGGUUGUGCUUCAAGUGUUCGAAAGGCAGGGUGUCGAGCGAUUUGAAACCAAAAUUGGUGAUAAAUUCUCUUCUCACCAUCAUAACCAGCUAUUUACUACACCUUCAUCUCCUGAAUUUCCUCCCAACACUAUCACCAAAAUAGUCAAAAACGGCUAUCAAAUGUGCGACACUCUUCUCAGAGCUUCGGAAGUUGGUGUAUCCGAAGCUCCAGAAAAUUAAGAUGAACUUAAAACAUGAAUAUACAGUUAUCGAACUUCGAAUAAGUAUUUUCUCCGAAAACAAAUGAUUAUCUGAUUCUAAACGUUUUUUAA